AUGGGUCUGCGGUACAGAAAGUUGUUGUUCGACUCUUCUGUUUAUUGUUCAGAGUACUGUGAGACAGCAGAUGAUGGAAACGCUUGCAACAAAAAGUGCGUCGCUGCCUUCACAAAUCCGAACUUUGCUGAAUGUAUAAGUUCCUGUGUGUUAAAAACUCCAGACGAUUGUGGUUAUUGCUUUGAGUACAUGGAUGCACCAACCUCCUCACAACACCACAGGCUUGGCAAGAUUGCGUUGGCAAUGAUUUUCAUAAGACCAAGAAGAAGGAGAUCAACACAGCAUGAAGAUGAAGAAGAAGAAGAAAGAAUCGAGACCCAUGGUCAGUUUGUGGAUCAAGAUCAAGGUCCUGUAGUUGAUCAUCCAAUAUGGUACAUCAGGACAGUAGGGUUACAACCAUCUGAAAUUAGUUCUAUCACAGUUUGUAAGUAUAAAAGAGGUGAUGGUCUUGUUGAAGGAACUGAAUGUUCUGUUUGCUUGAGUGAAUUUCAAGAUGACGAGACUCUUAGGUUAUUACCGAAGUGUAGCCAUGCUUUUCAUAUCCCAUGUAUUGAUACUUGGCUUAGAUCACAUACUAAUUGCCCUUUGUGUCGUGCUCCUAUAGUCACCAACACAGCUAUAGCAACAUCAUCACAGGCUAAUCUUGAGAAUACAAGUGGUGGAGAAGAAACGAGGAUUGAAGUCUUGGAAGAUGAUCAAGAAUCGGAUAGAGAGAUGGAAGGUAGAGAAGGUGGAGUGAGGGUUGUAACAGAGGAGGAAAGUGGAUUACAGAGUGAGACUUUGAACGAAGAGGAGGAUGGGAUACAGCCACUGAGAAGAUCAGUUUCUUUAGAUUCUUUAUCAGCUUUCAAGAUAAUUCAGGCUCUUGCUAAUGUUCAUCCUGCAGUGGAAUCUGAUGGGAAUUCAGGCAGCAGGAGGGCAGGCAGAGGGAAUGGAUCCGCUCGGGAAAUUGUUCAAAGCAGAGGAGGUGGAAACCAGAACUUGAUAAAAUUCAUGGCUACUUCUUCUUUUGCAAGGUCUUUCCAAAUAGGGCCAAGUUCAUUUAAGAGGUCCCUAUCUUGUAGUGGGAAAUUUUUCUUGUCAAGACCCUGCCGCAACCGGAAUUCGGGUGUUCCUUCAUGA